AGAGAGAGAGAGAGUGUUACAACCUCUCUGAAAACCUCUAGAAAAAUCUCUACAAGUUUCACCGACUUACUUACGACGCUGAGUGAAAGAAAAUCGCAUCAGUUAGUGAGAGGCACGCAGAACAAGUGGUUUCACAUUUGCAUCCGGCGGGAGAAGAUAACGACGUCUUUUACAAAUACCCAAACUUUGGAAGAUUCAUUUGAAAGGGUGAAAAAACUGUUCAAGUUUAUUGUUCUCCUGUGCAUCGAGCAGUCCAAUAUUAUUAUGGAUGAUUACUUUUGUGAGUGGUGGGGGAGGGGAAGGGUGGGAUAAGUGAAUGGUGUUUUUCAACGUCUAAUAAACAAUGGCUAAAUGUCUCUGUUGUCAAAAAUUUCCCAUCAUGAGGGUCUUGUUUUUGUGGUUUUUGAUUGCAUUCAGUUUCGAUUGCGGAUUAAUGUCAGACGUUUCGGAUGAUCCGGGAUACAGUAAUGAUGAUGUUUUACGGGAAGAAGCCUUUGAUGACAGGAAAAAUCCCGCCACAGUUGAACUUUCCAAUUGCGAAUUGAUGAGAGAAUGUAACAACAAUGGCAGCUCGCAACAUUCCAAGUCACCGGGUGCGUUAGAAUAUCAGAGAAAAUCGUUGAAUCGCCCCACAGAUAAUUCCAAUGAUUUCAUGUACAUAAAGAAGAUGAAAAAUUCUCAACAGUUAUCACAAAAUAUUGAGUAUGACAGAUCACGAAGUACAUUGACCGAUUACGAUCUAAAUGACGAGGAUUACCAACUUCCUAGACCGAGAAAACGUCGCCCUCCGGAACAGUACGAAUAUCCUUUGGUUAGUUCUUCUCAUCCGCCUCAACUCAUUCCAAGAAAAUUAAACUUAAAAAAAAAUAUUAAUAAGAAUAAUGACGAUGGAAAUCCUCUCAGCGCAGCAAAGCAAAUGUCAGAGAACUCUGAGCUAAAGUCAUUACUCAAAAUGCAGCAAAUAUCGGGAUUUUCUCUCUCAGAAAUUCUUCAGCAGAGAAACUUAUCGUUAAGCGAUCUCCUGAAAGGUAAAAAAGAAGUUAUCAGUGCAUUACGAGCUUCAAAUAGUGAAGAAGGAGAAAAAAAUGUGGUAAGUGAUAACAGAAUUUUAAUUACUCUGACACCUCCAAGAAUAUUCUAUCGAUCCCCCGAGAACGAUAAGAAUAAAUCCCAGCGUAAUGAAUCUGAAAAUUCAGAAGUAAAAAUAAUGAACAUGAGUACAGAGCUUCCAGUGUCAAGGACAACGAUAAACAAAUCAGGUGACGAUGGAGAAAUUAUGGAAUUUUCAGAUUUUCAAAAACAAAGCGAAACGUCAGAAAGGAUUUUCGACGAUGUUAAAAAGAUCCAGAAGGAAGAUGAUUCCGUUUUAAAUAUUCAUGAUAUGUUGACAUCUACCGAGUUCACUCCUAUAAUUUCAUCAAGGAAUGAAACAGAAAAUAUGAAUGCCGUGAUGAGAAAUGAGGAUCUGAGGCUCCCUCCCGUUGACGUUGAGUAUCAAAACGAAGAGCCGAUGAAUAAUAAUGAUUUUAUUGACAACUCGAAUGAUAAAAAAAUUUCAAAUGAAUUAUUGGCAGUAAAUCACAGAGUUUUAAAACCUAGAAACCGAAUUUACGAAGAAAUUUUGACGGGGAUUGAACCCGACGCCCGCGCUGAAAUUUUCGAUUUACUGAGCUCGUCGGUAACAGCUGAUAAGAUAGAGGAGCUGCUGAAAUCGAGAAAUAUGAGUUUAGAGGAACUCAUAGCGUUAAGGCAGAGAGGUUCGAGUCGACUGCAUUUAACACAAGUUGAAAAUAUGAAACUAGAGUUAUUAGGGAGUAAAUUACCGAAGGAUGUUUCCCCAGACCAAGUGACAAAUAACCAAAAUGUCACUAAUAAUCGGGAAGAAUAUGGAGAAAAUGAAUCAACCAUAAUAAAUUCCGAUGAAUUCGUGGAAAAUGACGAGAAGAGUGAUAAAAAAUCCGUUAAUUUAGUAGAUUUAUUGAGUGCUUUUGAGUCGCUUCCUUUCACCGUUCGAACGAGGCCAGAAACUUCUGCUGAGAAUAAUAAUAAUGACAAUCAAAACCUGGAUAAUUCAGUGGAAACAGUUAGAGAAAUUAAAGAAAGUGAAGUAAAGUGUUCCCCAGCUCCAGAUUAUGCCUUCAAAAUUCUUGAGGACAUUAAUAAAAAUGUAGACAUUACGGGCGAACAAAACGUAAAAAAUAUUCGUGAUAAAGUAAACGGAAAUUCCGUCGACAUUGCAAAUGACGAUAAUGGGAAAAUGGUGUCUAGAAUUAAAUCGAACAUGACUGCGAGUGGCAUAAUCCUUGGAAUGAUUUUCUUAAGCUUUUUGCUCAUAUUUGUGGGGUUGAAAGUGCGACAGAAGCAGAACUUUACGUACGAAAAUACAUUCUCAAGAACUGCAUUUCAGGUUCCAGUAGUGAACUCAAGAAAAUUGUCUAAUUCUAGCUCGAAUGCGGUCAUGAUCAAUGUCAUGGCAACUUCAACGACAAAAACGGAGGAGGAGGACGCCGAAGACGUUAAUAAUGGUAUGUAUGAUGAUAGGAGUGAUAUUGAAAAUGACUCCUUAGAUGCUGAUGAUAGGUGGGAUACUAUCCCCAAAUGUAUGAAAUCGAGAAAUUAAAGAGAGGGUCAGGAAUGAUUGAACUUGUAGUUAGCUAAUGCAGGAGAAUAUUGACAUUUUGACGUCACUCCGUGCAGUCAACGACAAUUAUGCAUGUCUUUGGCACCCGAGAUAAUGCAAAAUGUUGAUACGAAACAUGUGCAGUAUAGAUUUUCUAACUCGUGCGAUUGGGAAAUGAGCCGAAUGAACGGUCAGUGGAUGUAAACUAUGUAUGGAAUAUGUAAAAAAUAGUUUUUUGGAAAAAGCCUGUUCUUGCAACAAAAUGUUCCAUUUCUUCAAAUGACGAGUCUAAUUUCUCUGCAUUUGUUAAUUGUUAAGUUGCCAUUGUGGUGGUCGAAGCAAGACUUAUAAAAAAAUUCAUGUAAAAAUAAACAACAAUCGAUGACGAUUGAAUCGCAUGCCAAUAAAUGAACGAAUGAUUUGAGAGCAACUUUUCUUCUCUUGGUAUGGAAAAUGUUGGAAUAUUCAUAGCUACUGAGUUAAAAAAUUAUAUUACUUACUGAGAGUGGUAGAUAUUAAGGCUAGUAUGCGAUGAAAAGCCCAAAUAUUGGAUUCUAAGUGCAAUAAAAAGCCCAAAAAUUGGAUUCUAAGUAAUCGAUUAAGCCGGAAGGCCUUACGAAAAAAAUGUAUUUACAUGCUGUAUAAUAAUAAAAAUCGUGAUACUGUAACCGAGA